AUGGGUAAGAAAGCAAAGAGAAAAGCCGCCAAACUCGUCAACAAAGCCCUUACAGCCCUAGAAUAUGACCCAAUCCCCGAAGCCGUCGACCAGGCCUCUUCAAGCGACAAUCAAGAUGAGGCCCAAACGUCCGACAAGUUCGACCAGGGCGUUCCUGUCACGACGGCCAUCGCGACUCUCGAGAAGGAUGUGUCAACACAAAGCGAUGGCAGCCUGAAGCGGUCUAAUCCCCAUGACGCAGACGACGGCGGAGAGUGGCAGGUCGUUUCACGGGCUGCAAAGAAGCUUAAGAAGGUCCCUAAACCUGGCAAGAAUUAUCCCACCAUUGCAUUCUCGCCCAAUGCGCGACUGCAAUCCAAGAUCAAUAUUUCCCAGAUGCGAGACCUGGUUACAUAUAUCUUUGCCGACGGAGCUGGCCCUCAAUGGAUCGGCAUUACCCAUCGCCCAGCGUUCCGAAAGAUUGUGGCUAUAAUGAUACCUGGUAUUGAGGAGGCCAUGUUCAAACACAACGUCGACUUUGACACAUAUAACGAUGCUGAUCGGGAGAGAAAUGCUGCCGUAACGUCGCCGGACGACUAUUAUCCCCGCCCACUGAAGAGAGAGCGCCUGCCCAAGGCUCUGCAACCAUUCGCUGAUAUGUUCACGCAUCUAUGGCCCGUCAAGACACCCGGCGAUGAUAGGCACGGGAAGAUGCAUUCGCCCUUGGCCGCUUUCCUAACAACCCCCACCCCGAAGGAAAAGAAUGGGCCAAAGGGCAUCAAACCAGCACACGAACCUUCAGGCUGGAAGAACGAGAGAACACGCAUCACCGAGUUCCUUUGUACAGUUGAUGAUCUAACUGACAACGGCUACUUGGUUCAUCCAGCUAUGCUGGAAGGUGUUGCAAGAGAUCAGUUCGUCCUCCCCGAAGGAUGGGUCAUUACCCAUGUGAAAAGCCUCGAAGAAGGUCAAGUCCCAGAAGACGAAGUUGAAAAGGGCAGCAUCACCCAAGGACGAGACAUUCUGGCCCUGGAUUGUGAAAUGUGCAUGACUGGAGAGGACGAGUUCUCCCUGACAAGAAUCAGCAUAGUUGACUGGUUCGGCAACGUUGUGCUCGAUGAACUUGUCAAGCCUGAUAAGCCCAUUACCGACUACGUCACCCAAUUCUCUGGAAUCACAGAAGAGAUGCUUGCACCUGUAACAACUACAUUACAUGACAUCCAGCAGAAGCUACUCGAACUGCUGACCCCUCGCACAAUCUUGAUAGGGCACUCUUUAGAGUCAGAUACCAAGGCUCUCCGCAUCACUCACCCCUUUAUCAUCGACACAUCCAUCAUUUAUCCGCAUCCUCGCGGUCCUCCUCUCAAAUCCUCUUUAAAAUGGCUGGCGCAAAAAUAUCUGUCAAAGGAGAUUCAAAAAGGUGGUGCAAAUGGCCACGACAGCAUCGAAGACUCUAAAACCUGCCUCGAUCUUGUCAAACAGAAAUGUGAAAAGGGCAAGGCCUGGGGAACGUCCGACUCACAGGGAGAGAACUUGUUCCGCCGACUAGCGCGAGCUGGAACUGCAUACAAGGCCCAAGGGGGGGCCGCAGGUGGCGCGGAGGUCGGCAAGACGAGCGCAGCUGUAGACUGGGGCGAUCCCUCCAAGGGGGCUGGAGCCGGCGCAACUCAUCAGCUCGGCUGUAAGAACGACGAGGAUGUAGCUAACAGCGUAAUUCGUGCUGUGCAGGGAGACCCGGAUGGCCUCGAAAUCCGCGGCGGCGGAGUUGACUUUGUCUGGGCGAGAAUGCGAGAGAUUGAGGCCCUUCAAGGCUGGUGGAACCGUAACCGUGCCGACAACAUAAACAGCGACGGUGGUCCUCCAGAAGACCCCGAGGCCGUCCCAUCCGACAAGUCAGAGCUCGAGCGGGCCCUCGUACGCCUUACAGAGCGUCUCACACGCAUCUAUGACGCCCUGCCGCCCUGCACAGCCUUCAUGUUGUACAGCGGUUCGGGCGACCCGCGCGAGAUGUCGCGUCUGCAGAAGGUGCAGACACAGUGGCGCAAGGAGUACAACACACCUGGCAAGAACUGGAACGACCUGAGUGUAAAAUGGACCGAUGUCGAGGAACAGGCGCUCAAGGAAGCGGCGCGCAAGGCUCGGUCAGGCAUAGGGUUUAUCUCGGUGAAGUGA